ACUACUCAAAGACACGGUAUCUCCUUCCUGCCCGCCCGGAUUGUUUUUCUCACCAUCACAAUGGGAAAAGUUCAGCCCAAGUUUUAAUGAAAGUUUGAUUUCGUGUUCAGAAUUUUCUCUUUUUAUGCGAAAUUGUACAUAACUUAGUCACUUAUUGUAGCUCGAAGAUGUGUGUUAUCUUGUGAUACUCAACAGGAAGAGGUUUUAUCAGUGUUAAAAACGAGUGAUGGAUGGAAACCACCUACAACCUACAUGGCCUUUCAUUUCAAAUUUCAUUUAAAUAUCAGCCGGAAUCUCAACGUGAUCCAUUUCGUUUUUGUUUCUGCAAGGUAAAGCACCGAUUUUUCAAAUCUGCUAUGUUGAACGUUAAGUUGUCACGGACAUGAUUUAGGUCAAUUCUUCAGCUGACUUUGGAUAACCGCACGAACCCACCUGUUACUUCGCAGAUAUUAUGAGAUGAUAUGCUGAUGAGAUGGAGCAUGCAGAGUUGGUGAAUGAAAUGGCUCAUGUUGAGCACAUGAGCACGCAAGACAGGCUUCAUCUUGCCAGACGGAGACGUAUUCAACAAUUGAAAAUCUGGGCACAAAGGGAAAAAGAAUGGCACAAAACCGAGCGGAACUCUCACAAAAAAUAUGAUAAAGGUCAUCAAAUUAAGUCCGGUAAACGAGGAAUCACAUUUAGUGAUAAUGUCAUGUUGCUAGAAGCAGCCUCCAGGAAUGAUGUUGCGGAAGUGAGAAGGCUGUUGAUCAAAGGCGUAAGUCCUGACUCAACAAAUGAGGAUGGUCUAACUGCUUUGCAUCAGUGUUGUAUUGAUGACAAUGAAGAAAUGAUGAAGGUCCUUUUAGAGUUUGGCGCCAACGUCAAUGCAGAGGAUAGUGAAAAGUGGACUCCUCUGCAUGCCGCAGCCACAUGUGGUCACCUUCACCUGGUCAGAUACCUUAUCAAUAGUGGUGCAAACUUAUUAGCUGUGAAUGCAGAUGGUAACAUGCCUUACGAUAUUUGUGAAGAUGAGAGCGCUCUGGAUUACAUAGAGGGAGAAAUGGCAAGAAGAGGUGUAACGCAAGAGCUCAUUGAUGAAACAAGAGCUUCUACAGAAACGCAGAUGCUGCAUGAUUUAGAGAUUCUUGCCAAGCAAGGGAAAGAUUUGGAAUGGUAUGAUGAACAGGGUGCCACCCCAUUGCACAUAGCGGCUGCUAAUGGUUACAUCAGAGUUGUCGAAUUCCUAUUGGAUCAGCAUGUAUCGACAGAUGUUCGCGACAAUGAUGACUGGCAACCAGUGCAUGCCGCAGCAUGUUGGGGUCAUCUGGAGGUUUUAGAACUCUUAGUACAAAAUGGAGCAGAUCUGAAUGCCAAAACCAAACAUGAUGAGACACCGGCAGAUAUUUGUGAAGAUUCAGAACUACGAGAGAGAAUCCUCCAACUUAGAACUGAGCAAGAAACCAAACGGAUUCAAGAAGCGCAAAAGAGGAGGGUGAAGAGAACCCAGUCAAAUAACACGCGAACACAGUCCGUAAGGAGAACAUCCAUUCGAGAAAAGACCCUUACUUCCAAAAAAGAUGCUGUCGAAGAGGCCAGAUUAAGGUUACAGGCUCAUGAUGUUUUCAUCGGUCCUGUUGAUAUGCCAGAGCUAGUCAAUAACAAAGUUGGAGAAUCGGUGACUGAUUCGUCAAAAGACUUAUCUUUGCGAAAUGAGCGAGAUGUCCUUGGUAGAACUAGAUUAAGUCUAGCCCCUGAUAAGUCUUUCCAAAUCAUGCCAAGUUUCAGUGAUACCAGACAAGCCCCUCCUUCGUCAGAUGCACUAGUGAGGAGAGAACCGGAUGGGAAAGAUUGUGAAAAGCAAAUAGUCGAGAACAUCAAUGAAUCAAAAACAAAUGAACUACCAACUGAGGCCAUGUAUUCGACCGAAAGUAACGGAAAAAUUAACAUCCAUGUGUCAGUAACUAUAAACGCUGGAACUUUAGCUGAACUGAAGAAGCAACGAGCUCAGAAUCGUACCAUUAGUCCAGAUAUGUGCGGAACACCAUCCCUCUCCGCAUCAAGGAAGUCCUCUCUAGCUGGUUCAGAAGUUGGAAACGGAACAGCUGCUGUGAAAAGAUUUGCUGGAAAUACUGGUGAUAAUGUCAUCGGCGACCCGAAGACAAGAUGGUGUUGCAUUCUGUGCUAACUCAAGUGCUUUAUUGUAUUUUGGUGCUGCGAAAAUUACAUUCCAUGCGAGCUGUGAACCUACAUUCGUCCAUUUUAACCCUGUCAAUUAUUAGUAUUAUCCUUUUCUAUUCUUGAACUUUUCAUGAGUGAUGAGCCGCCUCAUCUCAUCACAUUUGAAACUGUCUUUUGUCUGUUGAAUCUCUUAUUAUCAGCUCUUCAUCAUUUACUUGUUUUCUACUAUAACUUUUAGUUUCGAAGUUAUCAUUUUGCUGAUUCAAUUGAAAUCAUAAAACAAGGGGUUGUUGACUGCCCAUCUUUCGAGAAGGAGACUGGCCAGUUUUACAAAGUGAAAGUUGUGUUUUUUCGUAUUUUAUCGGUAUAUCACAUUCCACAAUUGAAGAACUCUGAAAUUGGUUCCUAUUGUGUUAAACGUUCUUUAAUGGUUCUUCUUGUGUAUCACGCAUGUUGUACUGAGGGGAAACGUGGCAUGAACAUUCUUAUGAUACCAAUUGGCUUGAAUAAAAUGUUCAUCACUGAGGAAAGUUAUGUUCACUUCUCCUUAAAAUUUCUAUAUACUUACGAUCAAAUUACAAAUAAUUAGAGGGAAAAAAAGAUUCACAUUUUUCUGCAGAAAUUAUUGGUUUUUGAGAGGAAAUGUGGAACAUCAGAACGCUCAUACCGCGCUUUUCCUCAGCAUGGCAGAGAAAAUGUCCAUCUUCCCCAUAAAGAUGCGGGAAUGUGGGUAAAAAAUGCAAUGACAGGGGAACCCUUGAAAGUUGGUGGGUUUCUCCUGUAAGUUUUGAUUAUUAUUUCUAAUUUUGGGACUUUAAUACAAAUUUCAACCUUUAUUUUUUAAUUUUCAUGGAAGGAAACUCAAAGUUUUUAAAAUAUCGAACGAAAAUUCUUUCAGCCCCUCUCUCUUUAUCUCUCAAUAGGUAAGCUUGGAACUUAGUUUUCAAGCUUUCUGUAAUCUGAAUUAUAUUUCCAAUGAACAAAUAGCCCUUAUUACCACUUGUUACUAUCAGCAACUUGGAACAGGCCGAGCUCCCUUCACCGUUUAGUAUUAUUAAUGGAAAAUUUUCAUCACUGAAAAUGUAAAUGCUUAGGAUUUCCUAGUGGAUCUUCAGCUUUUGCGCAAUGCAUUCUGGGUACGAUCAAUGUACUUCAUUUUUUAACUUUUAGGUUGAUUAUUUUGGGCAAAUUGAAAUUUCGGUAUGUAGAUGAAUCAUAAAGGAAUGAUUGUGCCGAAAAUCUUCUUUCGAAGUCUUAAUACAAAGAAAAAAGUACUGUUUUCAAUUAGUCAUUGAUACAGAUAUAUUGAAAUUGGUUGCAAAAUGGAAAUAGUACCGAAGGAAGCACUGUGAAUUUGUUCUAAAAUUUUGGAAGAUGUUUUCAGCACAAACAAUUAUUGGUGAUUGUUUUCAGAAACGAUUUUUUUAGAAUAAUCCAUCAAUAGGUUUUUGAAAUAAAUUGAUCGUAAUCAUACCUGUUUACUACCAUUCACCUAGGCUAAUUGUCUCAUUUCCUAGAUUACUUGGUGAAAUGACCUUUCUCAACAUCAUUUAAAAAAACUAACGCCUACUCAUUCAAUGAUUGUGAUCCUGUUAUAGCACAAGUUGCAAUAAGAUGGGCCAAUUUUUUUCUUUCUGUGUUAAUCUUGCACUUAACAAAUCACCGUUUUUCCUAGAUAAUUUUUUAUCAGUAUUGUUGUUUAUUUUAAGUUUCAUGAUGAACUUAUCCUGUAAUUUAUUAUUGAUUCCACAUCACUUUUGCAUGGAUUUUUAUUUUUACACUGUAUUGUUUGUGAUUUCUUGCUUGUUUUUUGCUGUUUUUGUCUGAUAAAUCAGAUUUGUUGGUUAGGUUAAGAUAAUAUUCAGUUUCAGCAUAUGUUUGAAUAAUCGUUCAUAAAAGCUGCAUGCUUCUAGAAUACUUUGAGUAUUAGGAAAAAGUUUGAAUUUUAUAAUCAGGAGAUCUUUAGCAACUUUUUGACCUUUUUUUUCCUUUCUUGUUAUCAGAUAACAGGAAAGGAAAACAUCAAUGUUUAGCUACUGCGUAGUACUACAAACGCAGUGUGGAACAAGCAAUAUAGAAACAAUUCACUGUAAGUCAGAGAAAAUUAACUCAUUAGUCUAGACAUUCAACAUUGAAUUGGUUCCUCAUAAAUGUUUCAUGAUCAUUGCAUCGUUUUCGGAUCAAAAUACCUAGUUCAAUUUUUAUUUGUGUAUCAAACAAAAUGCAUUGUUUAAUCCUGCAUUAACAUAUUCUCAUAUGGCUUAGGAAAAAAUACUUUGAAAAUUUUGGCAUCUCAAACCAAUUAAAAUUAAAUUAUUUGCUUUCUCAACAAGAUGUUUAAGCCGCUAGAAAAAUUUAGAACUUUGAUAUUAUUGAAUGGAUCUUUUGAGUGAAGAGAAUAGAUAUGAGAGAAAAAGUGAGUUGAGUCCUUACAACUGUCCUUAUAAAAUCAAUGAAUUAAUGUAACUAAUAGUGGAAACAUACAUAUGCCAUUGCCUAUGAAAUAAUUGAGUGUGAGAAGCGGCCGAAUUUUGCGAUGAUCUUUCUUUGCUCCCCUCAUCUUACAGCAAAUCUAGCCUCACAGGCAAGUUAGGGAAGCCCUCUUCAAAAAACACAAUGAAGUUAUCUGCUUUACCCAGUAUGUUUAUUUACCGUUUCCUUGUCACUUAGUCAUAAGUGUCACCUAGGCUCCUUGUAACAGUAUUUCCGAGGUCAAUUCUAAAAUGGGUAACGACAGUUAAAUGAUUUGGCACAAACCUUUCAAUUAAUUUAACAAUAUUGUUUUUUGAUCGAUCUUGUAUUGUUAGCACACUGAAACUUGAAUGUGAUAUAUUAUUGUUAUAAAAAACUUAAGUUCAGAUCCUUAUUUGUGGGUACUUAGACUUACAAGUUCAGGAACUAUUUGAAUGAUCAAAUUUUAUGAGAUGUAGUGCCUUUUAAAGACUUCGCCGCCAAGUGGAUUUAAAAAAUAAAUUGAGCACGUAUUAGCUCAUUUUCAGCUUAUCAUUUGGGUAUAAGAUUUAGUUCCUAGAAUCCAUUGAGUGAGUCGAAACUUUUUCUUUUUCAAAUUAAGUAAUACAUGUUACAGUUAAGUAUUUACUCAUUCAUUGCCACAUCAGAAUAGUUCCUUUUUUUAAUGCUACUUUGUCAUCUCUAUUCUUUUCUUUUUCACUUACGCAUUCAACUUUUCUGACUUAACCUCCCUCAAUUUUGUUUGCUAUUGAUUUUACUCAACUGUAAUUACAUGUCAAAUCGUUGCUAUAGUGUCAUCACCAGACAGGAAUGCGAACCUGCACAGAAGGAGAGUCUAUGGUGUUCAGUCCAUCGCGUACAGCAAUCAACUUCUCUAUCCUUGCCUUGAACUUCAGAAAUUAAAUUUUUCUCCUGUUUCUGCUGGUUACUUUUCCUGAACACACUCUUCUCACAAAUGAGGCGGUGGGUGUAGAAAGAAUACACAGCUAAUUUGUAUGUUUGAGAGAAAACUUUCAGAGAGACUUUUCCGGAAAUUUUUGUUUUGAGUACUUCAAAAUUAUACCGAGUAGGUAUUCAGUAGAAUAUUCACCGAAGUACAUUUUACUUUGAUCAUACUGUAUUAAACGUCAGCAAAGAUUCUGAGAUAUCACAAUGAAGAAAAGCCCCUUCUACACCCAGCCCUUCAAUUUAUGGAUUAUUAAACUUUUGAUUAAACUCCAAAUUGUGAGCCUUUAGAAUCUCGAUUUCUCAAGGGAUCUAAGUAACAAUUAUUAAGUUCUUCAAUCAGGCAAGCAAGACAUUUUAGUGCUGGAAUUUUCUGAUGACAAUCCUUGUUAUUUCAUGACUAAACUUUUCAGCACACAAAUGGGAAUAAUCCUCUUAACCACUUUUUGAAAGAUAUCUCAGAUUGAGUUACGUGUUCUCCGAUAUUUUGUAAAAUCACCAGAUGUAAAUUUUCAAAUUGCUCAUCCUGAACAAGUUUAACAGUGGGAAAAAUCCUCUUUAGAUCGAUUGAAGUCAACUGUAGGUUCUUUUCCCAAUAAUGUUACACAAUAGAAAUUUCUUUUUUUGCCUCUAUUCACCGACAUGUUUGCAGUAGUCUUACUAGAUUGCCUGCGUGAAAAGCGGCAUUUCUAAACUUAUGUAGAUGGGUGAUGAUCUAAGGCUUAUUUUCUUGUAACAGUGUAGCUAUUAUUAAUAAUUGUUGUAUUUAUUGUAUUAGUAUUCAAAUAUUUAAGACUGAGACUGUUUCCUUUUUUUUCUUAUUGAAGAGAUUGUACUUAAACUUUUCCCUUCCUCUUCCUCCUGCCGGUAUAAAAAGAUUACCUUGUGAUUAUGAAUAAAGUUUUCUCUUCUUGUAUCA